GCUACAAAUUAUGUUUUGCGAAAAUGAAAGAGCGUUUUAUUGUUUUGUGCGGACAUCGUUUGAGAUUCAAAACAAAGAAAAAGUUUAAUAUUUUAGCUUUAAGGCCGAGGCUAUUGAUUUGUUCAACCUUACGUAUUUUUGUAUACACUUUUGAAUGAAAUAAUGAAAUUUUCGAGGACGAAACAUUCAUUAUAAUGAAACGAAAACCAGGAAAAAUCAUCCAAAAUAUAUCAAAAUAACUUUAAAAAUUAGGUGAUGCUAUAGGAGAGUUUAGAAACUCGUCUUCGAAAGGCACACAGGAGAUAAGUUCCUGUUGGGACAGGUUUCCGGGAGAUUUUCAAUGAUUAAAUGCAAAGGAGUGUCACAUUGUUUUCAAUCAUGAAGUGUGGAGGAAGAGAUUUACCUGUGUCGGUUAUAAUCGAGUUCUUUCUCUCGCAUAAUCAAUUAGCAACCGAACUGCAAUUUCGAAUCCACCGAAACAUUCAAAGUUUCAUAAAGAGCCUGGAAGAACUCAUCGCAAAUUUCGUUUCAUUGCGUUGUAUCAAGUGGCACAAUGCGUCGUGGAAGGAGUCCUGCAAGAUCAACUUUUAAUACUUCACCAACAAAAUCAAGCCUCUCAAGGGGAACUACUGGUACAGCAAGGGUGACCCCAAAAGGUCCUAGGCACCAAGAACCAAGGGCUCCUGAGCGUGACCAAGGAUUUCGGAAGCCAACAAGGGAAGUUAGAAUAAGAAAUACCCCAGAACAUUUGUAUGGCAUAGACAAUGCAGAUGACAGCUAUGAUGAUGAUGCACUUAAGAAGAACCUCGAUUUGUCACAAGAGUCAAAAGAACUUUCAGGUUGCUCAAAAGUGAAUGAAAAAUGGUACCAGAUGUCGUGGGUAAAGGUAACAUUAAUGGCCGUCAUCGUUGUUAUGCUAAUUCAAGCAUUUCUUUUUCUCAAAGGAAGAGAAAUUAAACUGGACAACCUCGACCUCAGCAGUGAUGCUUCAAUUUGCUUGCGAUCCCACGAAGAACUUCGCAAGAAGCUGGCACUGGCAUUUGAAUUGAUAAAUGAGAGUGGAAAACUGUUCAAACAGCUAGAACGGCAAACAAAAUAUGAAUUCGAGAAGAUUGACAGCAAACAAAGCUCACUAGAUGAAAAGGCUUCUAAAGAAUUUGGAAAUUUACAAAGGCAGAUUGAAGCUCUAACCGUAUCAAGUAGGCAAAGAGAUAAUGUUGAUUUUAGUAAAUAUUCAGAUAAGGAGCUUCCAGUUGAUCUAAGCGAAAUACAUUCGCUGGUAGAAAUGGCACUGGUUCAAUACGAUGCAGAUAAGAUUGGCAUUCCUGAUUACGCUCUUGAGUCAGCAGGAGGAAGAAUUCAUGUCCCGUACCAUUCUCAGACGCACUCCUCAGGCUGGCCUAUCAUGAAAGUGUUUGGCAUGGUCGUUUGGGAGGAUACACGAACACCCAGGGAAAUCAUUAAACCGGAGACACUACCUGGAAAUUGCUGGCCAUUGAAAGGAUCAUCGGGAUACGCUGCCAUCAAGCUCGCAUUCCCAAUCAUUCCUACCAUGGUAACGAUGGAGCAUCUGCAUCCCGCCCUCUCCAAAUUUCACGAGGAUGCAUUACAAAGCACGCCAAAGAAUUUUUCUGUUUUCGGUUGGCUUGAUGAGCAAGGGAAAGACAAGGUUCUUCUUGGUUCCUACACAUACGUUCAACUGAGCAAGGCAAGACAAACGUUCCCAAUCCAGGUUCUCCCAGAUGAAGCACUUGAUAUUGUUGAACUCAACAUUGAGAGCAAUUAUGGCAAUCCAGUUUAUACUUGUAUCUACAGAUUUAGGGUUCACGGGAACCCAGUGCAAUCUAAUGACUCAGAUGAGAAAACUGCUUAACAAAGCUUUAUUGGUGUAAAUUUUGUUGAUAAAACUGUAGACCCAAAGGAAAGUGUGACUUAAUUCCUAAUUAAGGCAGUAUAAUAUUUAUCGAAUGUGAUAAAAAGUUUUCAUUGAAUUCAUGUUCGCAUCUUUUGAUGGUAAUUUUUAAUCAUUUGUUUCAUAUUGGAGAGAACAACCUCUUGAGAGCCUAUGAAUUAAUUUUUCAUAAGUUAUGUUUGAAAAUAUAUAUUUAUGUCAUGACAAAAACUUUUUUGUCAAAUAAAAUCAGUUUUUUCAAUACAAAACAGUUUUUAUCACUUUCUUCUGUUUUAAUGUAAAUAAAACAUUUUUGAAUUUUCAAAAAAAUAUCUAUUGUUCAUCA